AUGGAGGAAGAGAUCAUCGUGUCUGGGGCCAACAGCUCCAGCCUGACCACAGGAUUCUUUAUCUUGAAUGGUGUUCCUGGCCUGGAAGCUGCACACAUCUGGAUUUCCCUGCCAUUCUGCUUCAUGUAUAUUGUUGCUGUAGUGGGAAACUGUGGGCUCAUCUACCUCGUCAGCCAUGAGGAGGCCCUUCACCAGCCCAUGUACUACUUCCUGGCCCUGAUCUCCUUCACUGACGUCAUCUUAUGCACCACCACCGUUCCUAAUAUGCUGUGCAUAUUCUGGUUCAACCUCAAGGAGAUCGACUUUAAUACUUUCCUGGUCCAGAUGUUUUUUGUCCAUAUGUUGACUGGGAUGGAGUCGGGGGUGCUCAUGCUUAUGGCCUUGGACCGCUAUGUGGCCAUCUGCUACCCCUUACGCUAUGCUACCAUCCUCACCAACUCUGUCAUCGCCAAGGUCGGUCUUGCCACCUUCUUGAGAAGUGUCAUUCUCAUCCUCCCAUUCACUUUCCUCACCAAGCGCCUGCCUUAUUGCCGGGGGAACUUUAUCCCCCACACCAUGUCUGUGACCAAGUUAUCCUGUAGAAAUUUCAAAGUCAAUGCUAUCUAUGGCCUUUUGGCAGCCCUUAUGAUUGGAGGCUUUGAUAUGGUUUGUAUCGCUGUGUCUUAUACUAUGAUCUUGCAGGCAGUGGUGAGUUUGUCAUCAGCAGAUGCCCAUUACAAGGCCUUCAGUACCUGUACUUCCCACAUAUGUGCUAUUGUUAUUACAUAUGUUCCAACAUUAUUCACUAUUUUUACUCACCGUUUUGGGGGGGAAAGUAUUCCCCACCAUGUCCAUAUCAUUGUUGCCAAUCUCUAUCUAAUGUUUCCUACCACUCUGAAUCCCAUUGUUUAUGGAAUGAAGACCAAGCAAAUCCGGGAAGGGGUGAUCAAGUUAUUUUUUAAGGAAAAAAUAUCCUAG